AUGAAUCCCUCAGAUAAUAGUCGACUCCCCUGGUCCUUCCUCACCCUGCUGACAGCUGCUUGCCAGAGUCCAGAUGAAUGGCAAAGAGGAUCCUCGAUAGUUGGAGUGGAGUGUGUCGGUCACAGGCUGAAAUCCCUCACACAGUGUCCCUCACACUGCGACAGCACUGCUCCCCUCCAGGAUCCGAUGAUUACAGGGCAGCUGAGCAAGCCGCUGCUCUCCCUGCGCAGCGACAUGAGCGCGGCAGAACUCCGGGCGGACAACAAAGCGGCGACCCCGGACAGCGAUCUGAACGACGAGCCCCUGCUCCUGCCCUCCGAGGCCACGGACAGAGACGGCACUCCCAACAAGCUGUACGGAGCUCGUGACGGUUCGGUCCAGUCUGACACCAGCAGCAGUCACUCUGAGCAGAGUCACCUGGGCCAGUCCCACCCGGGAUUCCCAAUGGGUCCACAGUCUCUCCUGGUGGCCCAGCAGCUGGCCAACGCGGUAGGCGGCGUGAUGUCCGGGGCGGGGCCAGGCAUGAACCAGCCCAUCCUCAUCCCCUUCAACGCAGGCGGACACCUGGGCGGGCAGCAGGGCCUCGUUCUCUCGCUGCCCACGGCCAACAUCCAGAGCCUGGUGGCUGCUGCUGCUGCAGGGGGCAUCAUGACGCUCCCUCUCCAGAACCUGCAAGCUACCUCAUCACUGAGCUCCCAGCUCCAACACCUGCAGCAGCUCCAACAGAUGCAGCAUCACCACCACCAGCAGCAGCAGCAGCAGCAACAACAACAACAACAGCAGCAUCAACAGCAACAGCAGCAACACCAUCACCAACAGACCCUCGCCCACACCCAGAACCAGCUGUCAUCCCAGCAUCACAUGACCCCGCCCAGCCAGCAGCAGACCUCUGUCCCGUCUCCGGGCUCUACCUGCUCCUCCGCCUCCGGACAGCAGCAGCACUCCCCGCCGCAUCGGCCCAACCAGUCGCCGGCCCGCAGCCUCCCCUCGCCCGUCACCCCACCCAUGCCUCUGUCGCUGAAUCCGUUGGCCAGCCAGGCGGCGGUAGCAGCGGCAGCAGCCAUGGGAUCCAUCGCCGGUUCCCAGGUGUUUGGAAACGCCUUGUCAAACCUGCAAGGAGCCACCGGACAGCUGGUCACCAACGCACAAGGACAGAUAAUUGGAACAAUCCCACUGAUGCCCAACUCUGCAGGGCCCUCCAGCCAAUCAGGGGGUGGCAACCCAGCACUGCAGGUACAGCCAAUUACACCUCAGCUUCUGACCAAUGCUCAAGGCCAGAUCAUCGCCACGGUGAUCGGCAAUCAGAUCCUGCCCGUCAUCAACACCCAGGGAAUCACGCUGUCACCAAUCAAGCCCGGACAGCAGCUGCCUCAGGCUCAGCAGGGUCAGACAGGCCCGGCAUCGUCUCAGCCCAACCUGCUCCACAUGCCCCACAGACAGAGUCCUCUCCACCAGGCCUCUUCCUCCUCCUCCACCUCCUCCUCUUCCUCGGCUCUCAGCGUGGGCCAGCUGGUCAGCAACCCGCAGACCGCCCCCAGCGAGGUGGACGGGGUCAACCUGGAGGAGAUUCGUGAAUUCGCCAAAGCAUUCAAGAUCCGCCGGCUGUCUCUGGGCCUGACUCAGACUCAGGUGGGCCAGGCGCUCAGUGCCGCCGAGGGGCCGGCGUACAGCCAGUCUGCCAUCUGCAGACACACCAUCCUGAGAAGCCACUUUUUCCUACCACAGGAAGCCCAAGAGAACACUAUAGGUAGCAGUCUGACAGGCAAACUGAACCCUGGCCUUUUAUAUCCUGCCAGGUUUGAGAAGUUGGACAUCACCCCUAAAAGCGCCCAGAAGAUUAAGCCCGUUCUGGAGCGCUGGAUGGCGGAGGCUGAGGCCCGCCACCGAUCCGGCAUGCAGAACCUGACUGAGUUUAUCGGCAGCGAGCCUUCCAAAAAACGCAAGCGGAGGACCUCUUUCACCCCGCAGGCGCUCGAGAUCCUCAACAGCCACUUUGAGAAGAACACGCACCCCUCCGGACAGGAAAUGACGGAAAUAGCCGAGAAGCUGAACUAUGACAGGGAGGUGGUGCGUGUCUGGUUCUGCAACAAGAGGCAAGCCUUGAAAAACACAAUAAAGCGUUUGAAACAGCCCGAGCUCGGCCCGGCUGCACCAAUGGACCCUCUCACUGAUUCUCUAGAGGAGCUCCCGAAAUGAACGAGCUCUCCGGCAAAAAACAGCGGAGCAGCAAAGUGGCAGCCGUUGAAAAACAACAAAGGUGGAUGAACUCAUCUUGAAGUGAGAACUGAAAAAAAUGUUCCCAAGUCACCUGGACGGACAGUCAUGAGUUUGCAAACAAAAAACUAUGUGUUGUCAGUGUGAUUACCACAGCUAUGUAAAUGACCUUGGCGAAACCAAAAACAUGGAAAAAAAAAAAAAAGAGAUUAAUAUCUGAGAAUUAUGUAAAAA